GAAAAAUUACCAUUCCCGGCCCAUAUCAUCAUGCCAAAGGAACUUGCAUGUCGGGCUACGUUCUGUCUCCUCGAUAUACUGGCUGCUUUGUUCUUGUUGGAUUACCUAUCAUUUCGUUUGACUUCCAAGACGCUCCACCUGAUGGUUGGCGGAACCCUGACGUUGAAUCGCAUCCGCGUAUUCCGUGCACUGUUCUUCCUCUACAUCGGCUAUCGUGUCGGCAUGUUUGCAUGGAGAAGAUACAAAAUAACACUUCGUUUAACCCGAAAGAAGGAAGAUAUACUUGACAAACACGGACGAUUGAACGAAAAACUGCGAGCCACCGAAAUGCCCGUGAUUAGCGCCGAUGAAGUUGCGGAAGUCAACAUGUCUAGCUUGCGCGAUCACCUACGCUCGAAACGUUGGACUGCAGUGGAUGUCAUUGAUGCCUACCAGCGUCGUGCAUUGAAUAUAUUUCGCUCCAUGCCCGGAUGCAUUAGUGAAAUCGUGUUCGACUCGGACGUUUACGCAAUUCUAGCUGACAGUCGUCUUGAGGAGGACCAACAGGAAGCAUCGAUGCUUAGCGCGUUGCAUGGGAUUCCCGUGAGUGUGCAAGAAAUAUUCCCCGUGCGUGGUUAUGAUCAUACUAUGGGUUAUGUGAGCCGCACCAAACUACCAGCGGAGGAGGAUUGCGCGUUUGUGGCCGCACUAAAGAGUGCUGGAGCUGUGCCGUUCGUAUUGACGAACUCGAGACAGAAGUUCGUUGGUUUGACUUGCGACAAUCCCAUUUUCGGUCGAACACGACAUCCAACUCAUCACCACCGUGCUUGCGUUAGCGGCGAGGCUGCGUUCCUUUGUCAUCACGGCGCCCCUUUGGGGUUUGUUGCCGAUAUUGUGGGGGAGGCCCGACUUUCAGCUGCUUUCUGCGGCCUUGUUGCCUUCAAACCAUCCUCCGCCCGGAUGAGCCAGAAAGGGCUGAAACUACCACUUCGGAUGCCAAGAGAUUUGGGUGUAAUUGCGAGUCCCAUUGCGCACACAGUUAGCGAUGUCACAGAUGCACUGCGUGCUCUUUGGACCACUUCUGCUUUGUUUAAACAGGAUUGUUCUCUGUGUCCGUUGUCAUUCGAUGAAGACAAGUUCAGUAAGGGGUGUGAGAACCCCAUCACUGUGGGAUUCUAUGCUGGUUUUCCCAAUCUACUACCUGUUUCGCCCGCAGUUCAUCGGGUCUUACAAGAAACACGAAGCCUUUUGGAAAGUAAGGGCUAUACCGUGGUGGAGUUUGUUCCUCCUGACGCAGCUAAAGGCUAUCAACUUGUAAUGAGUUUGUUAAUCGAAACAUUGGGACCUGAGACUCUCAAACUGGUUUACAACGAAGGUCAUGGGGAUAUACUGGUGGACUGCAAACAAAGGGCAGUACACAUGUUAUACGCCCUACCGGCGUUUUUCAAAAAGUUACUGUGUUUCCUCCGAGCUACGCGAAUGCAAUCGAGUUACAAGGUCACCGCAGUAGCACUUCGCGGUGUCGGAUCUACGAAGUCCCAUAUUCAGUUGGAAGAGGAAGUCCAAGAAUAUGCGCAGUUAUUCUUCAAUGCCUGGAAUGAACAACAGAUAGAUUGCCUUUUAUGUCCGGUCUCUCCAAUUCCCGUCCCUUGGGAUUACUCCGCAUUUUACGUCGUUAACUGUGUAUUCUUGUUCACCGCCCUCUACAACCUGCUCGGAUGUCCGGCUGGCACAGUGAAGGCUGGUCGAAUCGAGCGGGAAGAUAUUCAUGCGGCCAAAGAUGGAGUGAAACCGGACCGUCUGAUUAGGCAAUCGCUCAUGUUUGCACAACAGCUCGACGCAUCCGAGGGCUUACCCGUCAAUAUCCAAGUGGUGGCCAAGCCAUGGGACGACGAACUUGCUUUGGGAUUGCUUCACGUGUUGGAACAGGGAAUGCAUCCAUCCUAAUCACCCAUGCUUAUGUGUAUAUGUGUAUUAGCGUGUGUACACCAAUGAGAGUGCCCCCCGCCACCGCCUUGCCUUGCGCGUAGCAUAUUUCUGCUUUACUUGAUAAUUUCUCGUGUCAGAUAAUCGAUCUUUGAGUUGUCCUCACCCUCAUCUCCAGAUACAAAUGUGUGAUAAGUUGUGCCGCUAAUUUGCUCCAACAGCCGCCUGGUCUUGCGAUCGAUACUAUUUGUAUGCAGAUGUCUUAACAAUGCGGUUUCGUUUCAAAGUAUCAGUUAACCAGGCCAGCCGUGUGUGUGCCCGCUGCAUUGGCACGUAAUGCUGGCAUACGCACAUCGCGCUGAGUGUGAAUAUAAGGAACUUGACCAGUAAAAACCACGAGUCUGACUUUGUUUGCGACAUUUGACGUCGAAGCUUUUUUCUUUCAAUCGCCUUCACAAUGGCUUGUACGACUGAAUGCACUGAGUAUAAUCGAUGAAUCGAUC